AUGUGGGAGCUUGAUGCCUCACAACUUCAGUUGGCCAGAAAGACCCAAUAUAUUGCCUAUAUUUUCUAUGCACUCUCGGUUGUCUCCAUCAAGGUAUUGCUUAUUGUUAUACUGCUUCGAAUCUUUGCCAUACGGGAGAAAAUGGCACGUUUUAUCCUUGGUUUACUUAUAUUUAUCCUGGCCUAUUACGCUGCGGUCCUAUUUGUCCGGAUAUUUCUAUGUACUCCAGUGUCAGCUUACUGGAUACCGAACAGCGGUAAAUGCGUCAAUAUCCGCGCUCUCUUCAUUGUCGACUCCUUCGUCAGCCUGAUUACUGACGGGGCAAUCAUUAUCCUACCCAUCAUUUUAACAUGGCCACUCCGUUUAUCAAUAGCUCAAAAGGUCAAAGUCGUGGCUAUCCUUGGGGCCGGCGGGAUAGCUACAGUAACGAAUAUCUACCGAAUAAUUCUGUUAUUCACGUCUGGGCAAUCCACUGACAAGACGACCUUUGCUACAAGACUUGACUUUGCUGGGUAUGUCCGUCCCUCCAUUCGCGACAGCUAUUCCGACCUGUCUAAGAUGGAUAUCGAAACAGUAAUGCUGAGAUUACGAUUGGUUUUAUUUGUACCUGUAUACCUUCUAUUAACGCGCUAUUUACUCGAACGCGGCAACGUAUCUCGCAGUCAUCUUAAACACGGGACAAGUGUGACAAGGACUAAUAAUGACGAUUGGCAUACUUUCUCGUCGCGUAUUAGUUGCUGCUCGCUUGGUAGUAAAUAA